CUUCUUGUCUCGAGCCAAUGUUCCGAGAAAUGCAUAUAAGCCCAUGAUCAGACGGCAUCGACGUACGGCUCGACAAGCUGCCAACUACGUGUGGCUCACUCUGUGUGUCGCAGUAUCGAGACUCCAAACCAGCAUAGACCCAAAUGUGACUCUCGCUCGUCUUCGUGAACACAGAUGGUCAUUUUGGGAUCUAGAAUAUGCGUUUAAUGCCGCAUUAUGGGUGUUUUCAGCGUCGAUAAUACCUUCGCCGUUGCUCAAAUUUGGGGUCCCAAUCCUCUACCUUAUUGCCAUAUCCCUCCCUAUAACCUCCCAAUUUUUAUUUCCCGCUCUCCCUGUCCUAACAUGGGUUUUCACGUUCUUUUGCUCCCGUUUCAUUCCCGUCGAAUAUCGCCCACACAUCUUCGUCUCCGUUCUACCAACCCUCGAAUCCGUCCUGUAUGGUGCCAACAUAUCCGAUAUCCUCACCCGUUUUACACAUCCAGUCCUUGAUAUACCUGCUUGGCUGUCUUAUGGCGUCAUACAUUUCGUCGGGCCGUUUGUUCUUGCCGCAUUUUUGUGGCUGUUUGCUGCAAGGGGCACGCUCAAGUAUUUUGCACUGUCGUUCGGAUACAUGAAUCUCACUGGAGUCUUGAUUCAACUAGUGUUCCCGUGUGCCGCCCCGUGGUAUGAAUUGCGAAAUGGGUUGACUCCGGCUAAUUAUGGCAUGUCUGGGUCGCCUGGUGGAUUGGCACGCAUAGACGCCAUUUUUCAUUCUCACGGUUACACCACUACCUUCUCAAACGCACCUUUAAUUUUUGGAGCCUUUCCCUCACUACACGCUGGAAAUGCCACGACCUGUGCUCUCUUUAUAUCCCACUUCUGGCCCUUUGCUGGCCCAUACGCGUUCGCUUAUGCCGGUGUUCUCUACUGGGCCACUAUGUACCUCACUCAUCACUACCUUAUCGAUGUUGUGGGUGGCGCGUGUCUGGCGACUGCGUGGUUCUACAUCACAAUGCCGCUCGCGCUACAGUUCCCAGAUAACACCACCAACCUCAGUUAUGCAGUGGUCAAUGGAGAUCCAAGGGGCAAAUAUGAAGAGUACGGUCUAGAUUACUCACGAGUCCCCAACGGUGGAUAUCGACCCUCCUCCCCAGGGGCUGCAUCAUUGUCUGAUCAAGAAACACCUCCUAAUCCCCUUGCCCCAUAUGGCCACUCGCGCCGACCAUCAUCACCAUUCACACCGAGCCCACGCAUCCUGGGUUCUUUCAUGAAGGGGCACUCAGUAGGGAGGAAUCAUCGUCACACUGCCAGCAUCGCGAGCCUGAUCCGCUCCGAAGAUAGGGUGGAGGACGGCUGGAGUCCCAUCAGUAGAGGUUUUGGAUUCCCUCCUACGGGCCCUCCGCUCCUUCCCACCACCAUGGUUCUAGCUAGUCCUUCAUCUCGGCAGUCGUCAUCGCCUCAGGCUGAUGUCGCACCAGCUGCAACUAAUGUCAGCUCAAAUGGGUUGAUGCCAUUGCCUGAGGGUGUGGAAACAAAUGGAGCCACUGUGCGAUCAAGAUCGCCUGCCUUCCCCGAAAACGAGUCGAAAAGGACAGAAACAUGAGGGCUCCAGACAACCGCAGUUGUCGUUUUUUUUUUUCUUUUGGAACUAGCUAUACGUCCUCACACCGAUAAUAAUUUGUACGACAAAUAUAUUACAUGCCUUCGAGCAGGAUUGUUCUGCAAAGACUGCUGUCUCAUUGAUCGCAUCGCAUUGUAUUCCAUCGUUGUAGGAGCCCUCAAUGACGAACAUGCACAAAUAGCUGCCCUAGUGAUUUGAUGUGGACCAAUUACACAAAUCACCUCGUCAAACCCCCCAGUUUGGCACAAUACGCCUACAAGCUAAACGGGUAGCACGUGGAUGUUGCACUACGUCGGAUAUCCCAAAGUGAGGGUGGACUUACGCAUUUGGUUUCUACACUGGAUUGCCACCCCAUCGACGUUGUGGAUGGUGGCUGUCUGGCGGCUCCAUCGCGCACACAGCGAGCACUACCGACCUCAGUCAUGC